UAAUUGUUAUUGAUCAUUUGUAGUAAAACCAUAAAACCAAUAAGUUAAUUGUGUUACCUGUUAGUCUUAAUUGUCUUAUGAAAAUGUUGAGUAAAUUCAAUCAAUUAUCGUGUUUGGGAAAACGAUUCAUUUCAAUAUCAUCUCAACGUUUCUCAAUCGAUACAAUUUCCGAUCAUGUUUCAGCUCUUAAUUGUUUGACUCCAGAACAAUCAGAAUUAAGGUCUUCAGUUAGAAAGUUUUUGGACAAAGAAUUGCCUCUGGAUGUGGUCGGUAAGAUGGACCGAGAUGGACAUUAUCCCGGAUUUCGAGAUUUCUGGAAGAAAUUAGGAUCAAUGGGAUUAAUGGGACCAACCGUUUCUAAAGAUUAUGGUGGAUUAGGAUUAUCUUAUUUAGAUCAUUGUAUUAUCAUGGAAGAGAUUAGUCGAUCUUCAGCCGCUAUUGGACUUUCAUAUGGAGCUCAUUCAAAUCUGUGUAUUAACCAAAUCGCCGUAAACGGAAAUGAUGAUCAAAAGGCCAAAUAUUUACCUGGAUUAAUUGACGGAACCAAAGUUGGUUCGUUGGCAAUGUCAGAACCGGAAUCCGGAAGUGACGUUACCUCAAUGAAAACACGAGCUGAAAAAAAGGGCGAUUAUUAUGUUAUCAAUGGAAGCAAAUUCUGGAUAACCAAUGGAUCUGAAGCCGAUGUUGUUUUCCUUUACGCGAAAACGAGUGACAAAGGGAUUACUGCUUUUCUCAUUGAAAAGGGAAUGGAAGGAUUUUCCGUUGGUCAGCAUAUCGAUAAACUUGGCAUGCGAGGGUCACCCACGGCCGAAUUGAUCUUCCAAGAUGUGAAAGUACCGGAGAAAAAUAUUGUCGGUGGUUUGAACAAUGGUGUUUACGUUUUAAUGUCAGGAUUGGAUAAGGAGAGAUUAGUUUUAGCCGCUGGUCCUAUUGGUAUUAUGCAAAUGGCCUGUGAUCUUGCUUUCGAUUAUGUUCAUCAACGAAAUCAAUUCGGUAAAGCCAUUGGUACCUUCCAAUUGCUUCAGGGUAAAAUGGCCGAUAUGUAUGUCGCUCUAACUGCGUCAAGAGCAUAUGUUUACAGUGUCGCUCGAGCUGUGACCGAUUAUUAUAAUCAAAAAAACGUUGAGAUCAAAGGUACAAGUCCGUUUACCAAGGAUUGCGCUGGGGCCAUUCUGUAUACUGGUGAGGCUGGAACUAAGGUCGCUCUUGAUGCCGUUCAACUUUUGGGUGGAAAUGGUUAUUCAAAUGAAUAUCAUGUUGGCCGUUUGGUCAGAGAUGCUAAACUUUACGAGAUCGGUGCUGGUACCAGUGAAAUUAGACGCUGGCUAAUUGGCCGAGAAUUGAACAAAUCAUAUCUCACAAAAUGAGAGACAAACAAUUAAAAACAUGACGAUGAUUUUACUACGAAACUCAAUCGUUUCUGUUUUAAGUGGAUUGUUUAACUUAAAUCACUAUUAGAUUAUUACAAUUAUAACAAUUAAGAUGAUUAGCUUAACCAUCGGAAGAUUUUUAAUCAAAUUGUGAUACUUGAAGUCAAGUAUUUUCUGUGAUAAUCGCAAGAGAUGUGGGACUUUUAAUCUAAUUAUUGUGCUAUUUUAAUUUUAAAUUGUUGUACAGAAAAAAAAUUAAAUUCUCACCAUGGAAACUGAA